AUGAAGAUGCUCUCAGCAUUCCUCUUGUCACCGCUGGUAUUUUUCUCUGCUUUGGCUCAUGACCCCAAACAAUGCAACUGCGCCGGCACAACCAACAGCGGCGUUGAUUCGGCACAGUACAUCUGCCAUGAUUCGCGUCUCGGACCCGUAGUCCUGCCGCGCAAGCUGCCGCUGGCUACGUUCAUAUCAGACUAUGACCGUUUCGGGGGCUUGACUCCAGGCGAGUUCCUCAAGAAGUGGACGAAUGAAAACGGGACGUAUGUGUUCCCGCCGCAGAAUGGAUUUCAGCUCAACACAGACGGCAACGCCAUCAAUGGCACUAUGAUUCUGCAAGCCGGAACCCUGAUAGACCGCUUUGGAGGCGAAGGCGGAACAUUCGUGUCUGCCGCGGACGCUCCCUUCUCUCAGAGGGCGCUUCCUCCUUCUAGUCUCAACACGAACGCGUCUGCACCAAAUUUUCCCUACAAUUACCACCUCUACCGAGUCAUUCAGUCAUUCCCUGUUGUCGGGGGACCCAUUGCGCCAUGGUUUGGCCAACCAGGACUUGGUGCACAGUUCUAUACUGGUGGAAUAGGGAAUAUCGCAUAUUUGAUCAACCAGGGCUAUCUGCAGAGAGAGGACCCCAACGUUUUGAUCGCCGGUAAGAAGAAGGGUUGCGUUUUUUAG